AUGUUCCCACAUGAAGCAGAAACACUGCACCAAAACAACAUUAAUUCUAAAAACCAAAACAAACUGAAAUAUCUUAUGGAGGUUAGUGAAGCAAGUAUUAUGAUGAUUAGCAAUAGCAAUAACAGCCCUUGCGCAGCCUGCAAGAUUCUACGCAGAAAAUGUGUCCAGAAAUGCGUGUUGGCCCCUUACUUUCCUCCAAACGACCCGCUCAAGUUCACCAUUGCUCAUCGUGUGUUUGGUGCCAGCAAUAUAAUCAAGUUCUUACAGGAACUUCCCGAGCCACAAAGAGCGGAUGCAGUUAGUAGCAUGGUGUAUGAGGCGAAUGCACGGUUAAGAGACCCAGUGUAUGGUUGUGCGGGUUCAAUUUCCCAACUCCAAAUGCAAGUCUCUCAACUCCAACAACAGCUAGCUAAAGCACAAGCACAAAUUCUCAACUUACAAUGCCAACAUUCUACUCUAAUCUCACUUUAUUCCAUGGACGCGCUAUCAAAUGACCUAAUAAACUCCUUCAAUGACUUCAACAGUAGCCCACAUACCAGUUUCAUGGAAGAUAACAACAUUGGACUUCUCUUGGACCCACUUUGGACAUGAAAAAUAGUCAUAGUCCAACUCCUAAUUAAUCGACUGUUGUACUAAGAGAUCAUUUUUAUAUUUAAGUUUUAUUUAUGCCAUAUCAUCAAUUUAUUACCGCGAUUAUUAUACAAAAUUUUGUAAACAUGCAUGUGUUGAGAGACAAAUUAAAGGAGAGAAUAUUAUUUUCCUAAGUUAUUUGAGAGAUGAGAAAAGUAAAGCCUAGCUAGCUAGCUGCAUAGUUUAGUAGUUGAUAAAAUUCUAAUGAUUAUGUUAAGCUAAAGCUGAUGAGAUCGACCGGUGUGCAUGUUGCAUCAUGUUAUAUUAUCAUUUCAAAAGGAGAGAUGUCAUUCUCCUAAUUAAGUCCUAUACUUCAACUUAACACAACUUUU